AUGUUGUUCCGUUCGAGCGUCCUGGCCGCAGCCUCCCUCAUUGCUGUGGCCCAAGCCCAGUACAAGAUCGAUCCCGAAACCGUCGACAUGAAUCAGCGAGAUUAUUGGUGCACGAUGCAGAUAGAGACCUGCCCACUGAUUUGCUACGAAACCUCACCCGAUCCCGUUCUCGUGAACGAAUGCGACGCGGAAAAACUGACCUACGGCUGUCUUUGCGGCGACAAUUCGAAGCCCAACGUCACCGAGUACUCCCAAACGCUACCCUAUUUCGUCUGCCGCCAGUGGGGGAUUCAAUGCGUCGAUGAUUGCGCCGACCAAGACACUGCCUGCCAGUCUGCCUGCCUCGCAGACCAUCCGUGUGGAGCCUCGAACCCCAAGCGAGUGACAACGACGAGCAGCACCGCGAGCACCGCGACAAGAGCCCCAAGCGAGACCAAGAUCGACGACGACAACGUAGUCCUCUACACCGGGCCGUCUGAUCCCGAGAACAACAACGACAACGACAAUGCAGCGGCACUUGUGGAGGCCGAGGCCAUGUAUGGUUGGGCAGUCUUGUUUGGCGGCGUUGGCAUUGGGUUCGCGUUGCUGUAA